UUAUUAUUAUUAUCAUCGUUGUGGUGGAGUGUAUGUUGCGCGCGUAUUGUUGUGCAUAAUUUGAGAAAAACAACCAAAAAAGAAAAAAAUAUGGCAGACACAGCUGUUGCAACCGAAGCCCCAGCACCGGCAACCCCGGCAAAGAAACCUACCGCGAAGGCGGCCGCUGCAGGCGCUGCCGCAAAGAAGCCCAAAGCUAAACCUACACAUCCGAAGACAUCAGAAAUGGUGAACAAUGCUAUAAAAGAGCUGAAGGAACGAAGCGGAUCAUCGUUGCAGGCAAUCAAGAAAUACAUCGCCGUCCAGUACAAAGUGGACGCUGAAAAAUUGGCACCUUUCAUUAGAAGAUAUUUGAAGAGCGCCGUCGAAUCGGGCACACUUAUACAAACAAAAGGCAAGGGCGCUUCUGGAUCUUUCAAACUUGAAUCAAAAUCUGCAGCGUCGAAAAAUCAAAAAUCAGCCGGCGGUGUCGGCGGCGGCAGCGGUGGCAGCGGUGGCAGCGGCGCAGGCGGUGGACCUGGAAGAAAAGCCGGAUCGAAGGGCAACACUGCGAGCGGCGCUGCCGCGUCGGCCGGUGGUAAAUCUAAGAAGGCGACAGCGGCGGCAGCAGGCAGCAGAUCUAAAAAAGCCGCGGCCGCUGCUGCCGCUGCAGGUGGUGGGGCGAACGCGUCGUCAUCGUCCGCAACGUCGCCGGCUAAAUCGAAAUCUUCAUCUUCCUCGGCCGCCGCCGCCGCCGCGACGAGAGACAAGAAAGCCGCAGCUGCCAAAAGAAGCCGGCGACCGCAGCGAAGAAAAGCUGCAGCACAGGGUAAGGCCAAAAGCGCAGCCGCACCGAAGGCCAAGAAAUCCGCCAAACCGCCAACCAAGAAACCUAAAGCUCCUAAGCCCAAGAAGGCGGCCGCCUCAGCCUCUGCAGGCAAGGCCUCCAAGCCGGCCGCCAAGAAAGCUUCAGCCGCCAAAAAGUGAACGCGAUAUGCUCACAAUGCACCUGCGUAAAUUGCCAUUGCCGUUGUCGUCGUCGCGUUCAAGUCACAUUAAUAACAACAUCAUCAACAUCAACAAGUACAAAUAUGAUUAUUAUUAUUGUGACGGAACGCGAGGAGGCGCGCGCGUGUGCGAUCCAUGACGCACAAACAUAUACACAUACAACAGCCCUUUUCAGGGCUAACAAAUAUUUCAAAUCCAAUCUACGCACUUAUUUAUUAUUAUAUAAUAUAAUAAGUGUGAAUUUUAACAUUAAGUUUCUUAAGUUCGACAAGAUGACGAAGUCUUUACAU